AUGAGAUGUGUGCGGCACAUGGUGUGCUGGGCUGGGACACGGCAGUUAUAUAUGAGUACCGUUGACCCCUUGCUCCUGUCAUCAUCCGGAAGUGCAGACUCGCCUUCAAAGCAUACGGCUCCUGCUCGGCCAUCGGUGGGCUCAUUGAACUGCCUCUGCCGUGCUGAUUCAUGCUCUUCCUCAGUGUAUGAGGAUUGCGAUACUGCUUCUGUUAAUUUUGCGGAUGAAGGGGAUGCCAUACCAAGGCAUUGUCCGGAGGAGUCUGAUUUGAGCAGGGUGGCAGAGCGUUUCCAGUCUGCUGAUUCGCAUUUCUUCCAUCGUCUCUCGGUGGAAUGCUCUCAGAAGGAGAGGCAGCGGAAGAUUUCUUGGGGUGGUGUAAUGGAGAUGCAGCGCUCUCCAUCAUCCCUAGAGGUCGGAGUAGUAUCUUCCUCCCAGGAGAAACCAAAUCGACCCCCGAGGGGCAGGAACAAGAGCUCACAUUUUGAAGACCUGUUUUCAUCUGAGCAAGAGCAUGACCCAAGGCUAAUUUACAUCAAUGAUCCCUGCAGAACAAACGACCGAUAUGAAUUUACAGGAAAUGAGAUUCGGACAAGCAAGUAUACUUUGAUUACUUUCCUGCCUAAGAACCUCUUCAUCCAGUUCCAUCGGCUGGCUUAUGUAUACUUCCUAGUUAUUGCUGCUCUUAACCAGCUACCUCCUUUAGCUGUGUUUGGAAGGACUGCUUCAUUGUUCCCGCUACUUUUUGUGUUGUUUGUGACUGCUAUAAAAGAUGGUUAUGAAGACUGGCGUCGUCACAGAUCUGACAGGAAUGAAAAUAACCGAGAGGCACUUGUUCUUCAACAUGGUGAUUUUCGGUCAAAAAAAUGGAAACACAUUUGUGUGGGGGAGGUUGUCAAAAUUCAUUCCAAUGAAACAAUGCCAUGUGAUAUGGUCCUGCUGGGUACAAGUGAUCCAAAUGGUAUAGCUUACAUCCAAACAAUGAAUUUGGAUGGCGAGUCAAACCUGAAAACAAGGUAUGCUCGCCAGGAAACUGUUACCAUGAUAAGCCACAGCUCAUAUUUGGGGUUGAUCAAAUGUGAGCAGCCUAACAGAAAUAUCUAUGAGUUUACAGCUACCAUGGAGCUGAAUAAUCAGAGGAUUCCGCUUGGCCAAUCUAACAUUGUAUUGCGUGGGUGCCAGCUCAAAAACACAGAAUGGAUUAUCGGGGUCGUCGUCUAUGCUGGCCAGGAGACAAAAGCUAUGUUAAACAGUACAAUAUCUCGUUCAAAGAGCAGCAAUCUAGAGAGUUACAUGAACAGGGAAACCCUUUGGUUAUCAGCUUUCCUCUUGAUCACAUGCUCAGUUGUUGCUACAGGGAUGGGUGUAUGGUUAUUUAAAAAUACUAAAAACCUUGACGCACUACCAUACUACAGGAGAAAGUACUUCACCUUUGGCAGGGAAAACAGAAAGGAUUUUGAGUUCUAUGGCCUUGCAUUGGAGAUAUUUUUCUCCUUCUUGAGUUCUGUGAUUAUCUUUCAGAUAAUGAUACCAAUAUCAUUAUACAUCACCAUGGAGCUAGUUAGAGUGGGGCAGUCAUACUUCAUGAUUGGAGAUACUCGGAUGUAUGACAGUAGUUCAGGUUCAAGAUUUCAGUGCCGGUCAUUGAAUAUCAAUGAAGACCUAGGCCAAAUACGGUAUAUAUUUUCUGACAAAACAGGUACCUUGACUCAAAAUAAGAUGGAAUUUCAGCAAGCGAGCAUCUAUGGGAGGAAUUAUGGGAGCUCCUUGCAGGUCACUAGUGACUCAUCACAUGAAAUAACCAUUGCAGAGUCAUCGAGCCAACAUGACAGGAAGCCCAAGUCAGAAAUCAAUGUUGAUGCACUACUCUUGGCACUUCUGAAACAACCAUUGUUUGGGGAGGAAAGACUCGCAGCCCAUGAUUUUUUCCUUACUUUGGCUGCAUGCAAUACUGUCAUUCCAGUUAGCACAGGAGGUUCUCCCGAUUUGACCAAUGAAGUAAGUGAGGUUGGUGCAAUUGAUUACCAGGGCGAAUCACCUGAUGAGCAGGCCUUAGUAAUUGCAGCUUCUGCUUACGGAUACAAGCUUGUUGAAAGAACAACUGGCCACAUUGUUAUAGAUGUUCAGGGCGAGAGGAUAAGGUUGGAUGUUCUUGGUCUGCAUGAAUUUGAUAGUGUGAGAAAAAGAAUGUCUGUUGUUGUAAGAUUUCCAGACGACACUGUGAAAGUUCUUGUCAAGGGUGCUGAUACUUCAAUGCUUAGUAUUUUGAGGACCAGGAACCAUGAUGGACUUUUUGAUUCUUUGCACGCCAAAACUAUAGAAACUACAGAAAAUCAUUUGUCAAGUUAUUCCUCAGAGGGUCUACGAACCUUAGUAAUUGGUUCGAAGUACCUGAGCAAUGAAGAAUUCAGUGAAUGGCAGGAAAGGUACGAAGAAGCUAGCACCUCCAUGACAGAGAGAUCGGCAAAGCUCCGUCAGGCGGCAGCCCUUGUAGAGUGUGAUUUGACUCUUCUGGGUGCAACUGGAAUUGAAGAUAAGUUGCAGGAUGGUGUGCCUGAGGCCAUUGAGUCCCUCCGUCAGGCUGGAAUCAAGGUCUGGGUUCUCACAGGGGAUAAGCAAGAAACUGCUAUAUCGAUUGGUUUAUCAUGUCGAUUAUUAACUCAAGGUAUGCAUUCAAUUAUCAUAAAUGGUUCCUCCGAGAUUGAAUGCAGGAGCCUUCUAGCUGACGCUAAAGCCAAAUUUGGAAUCAAGUCGGCUGACCUUGGAAAGCAAGAUGUGGAAGAUCUGCACAACGGCGAUGUUUCAAAAUUAAGGUCCUCUAAUGGUCAAGCAUCUGAAAGUGGAAUACAAAACUUCCAGUUGACUGGGGUUAUUGCUAAUGACAAGUCAGUAAACAUCGAGGAAUCACCAAAUUUUGAUGAUGCUGAGUUAGCACUGAUAAUUGAUGGGAACUCCCUUGUGUAUAUUCUAGAGAAAGAUCUUGAAUCAGAGUUAUUUGACUUGGCAACCUCCUGUAAAGUUGUCAUCUGCUGCCGUGUUGCUCCUCUGCAAAAGGCUGGAAUCGUCGAUCUGAUUAAAAGCAGGACGAGUGACAUGACCUUGGCAAUCGGUGAUGGGGCAAAUGAUGUUUCAAUGAUACAGAUGGCUGAUGUUGGUGUUGGUAUAUGUGGUCAAGAAGGUCGUCAAGCGGUGAUGGCUUCAGAUUUUGCUAUGGGGCAGUUCCGCUUUUUGAAGAGAUUGCUUCUUGUACAUGGGCACUGGAAUUAUCAACGUAUGGCAUACAUGAUUCUCUACAACUUCUAUCGGAAUGCUGUCUUUGUGCUAAUGCUCUUCUGGUAUAUCUUGCACACUGCAUAUUCCGCAACGCUUGCGCUAACAGAUUGGAGUAGUGUUUUCUAUUCCCUUAUCUACACAUCAGUUCCCACAGUAGUGGUUGGUAUUCUAGACAAGGACUUGAGUCACAAUACUCUUCUUUAUUAUCCGAGACUAUAUGAGGCAGGGCUUCGAAAUGAGGGCUACAAUAUGACACUCUUCUGGAUCACAAUGCUAGAUACCUUGUGGCAAAGCCUUGUCCUUUUCUAUGUACCUUUCUUCACAUACAAUAUCAGUACGAUGGACAUAUGGAGCAUGGGAAGUUUAUGGACAAUUGCGGUGGUUAUACUGGUCAAUAUUCAUCUGGCCAUGGACAUUCAACGUUGGGUGCUUAUAACCCAUCUCGCCAUAUGGGGCUCUAUAGCUGCAACGUUUUUGUGCAUGGUGUUAAUAGAUUCUAUACCUAUAUUCCCUAAUUACGGGACACUAUACAAUAUGGCUGCUUCAAGAACUUACUGGCUUAGUGUUUGCCUUAUAAUAGUCUUGGGGUUGCUUCCUCGGUUUCUUUGCAAAGUAAUAUAUGAGACCUUCUGGCCAUCUGAUAUUCAAAUAGCAAGAGAAGCUGAGUUGUUAAAGAAGCUGCCUCAACAGUUGCGAUCAAGGCCUGAAAGUGAUAUCAGCUAA